UUCACUCUAAUUCACGCGAUGGCUACAAAGACUCGUAUUUAAAAAUGUACAUAGAAAACAGCUUCUUUUGAAAAUGAAACUUAAAGUUGCAUGUUUUUAAGAAAACACAGCAGUUUCUGUGUUAUAAACACGGAAUUAUGAUUACAAAGCGUCAGCUAACGACGAUUUUUUAUUACGUUGUUGGAUUUUGUAUCUUUAUUUUUUUAACUUUGCGUUUGCCAGUUUCAUAUCUGGCAUUCAACGAGAAACUUUACGAGCACUUAUUUCUGCAACAGAAAGUUUUGUUUGUGACAGCUCAUCCAGAUGACGAGGUUGUUUUUUUCGGACCGACUAUCAAUUCGUUAAGAAGAAUUGUUGGAGCAGAAAAUAUCUUCCUGUUGGCUAUGACAAAUGGGAAUUAUGAAGGUAAAGGAAGAACGAGAGAAAAAGAAAUCGUAGAAGGUUUUAAAGUAUUGGGACUCAAUAGUGGUCAUAUACAUUUUUAUAAACAUGAAGCUCCGUUGGUAGAUCACCCAGACAUCCAUCUUCCAUUUAAAGAACUGGCGGUAGGAAUCGAAGAACAUGUAAAGAAAUUAAAUAUAAACACAAUAAUUACCUUUGAUGAUAUGGGCGUUUCCGGUCACCUUAAUCAUGGAGAUAUAUACAGGGCGAUAUCUAGACAUUGGCCAAGCAAUGAAGCGCCAGAUGCGUUAAUAUUAAAAAGCGUCAACUAUUUUCGUAAACAUUUUUCUAUCUUCGAUCUCCCGAUCUCUUUCUUUCUUGACGCUCUUUUUAAUGGAGAUCUUGUGUUUAUUUCGGGUCAUAAGGAUGUUGAAAAAACAAAGAAAUCUUUGUAUGUGCAUAAAAGUCAAUACACAACUUUUCAUAAUGUUCUCCAUCACUUCUCCGAUCGUUUCUUGUUCAUCAACAGUCUUAGAAAGUAUGAAAUACCAUUGGCGAAUCCAGGAAAAUCGUAGCAAGCCUGAAACCACAACUUAGAAUUUAUACUUUGAGGCUAGAUAUUUUGGAUUUAAUAACCAAAGCAUUAUUUCACAUGAACUUAGAGCGAGUUUAUUUGACCUGCAAAACGUCUUCGUUGGUUUAAGCCAGAAAUACAGAGAAAAUGUUUUUUGGUUAUGUUGACAAUCCUUUUGAUAGAUCGAACGAGCAUUAACUUGUUUUUAAAGUUGUAGCAAGCUGAUAUAUUUUUAUACAAUUUCUUAUUUUUAGUACAAAUUAACUAAUCAUCUCGCUUACGUAGAACGACGCUUAAAGAUUAUUAACCUGUGUAUAAAAUAGACAUUUGCAUACAAAAAGUUGAAUUAGUUAGAUUUUUUACCACGA